AGACGAAUGUGGCAGAGCUGGUUUGGAGGCUUCGCGGAGCCGUCUGACUAUGCCAAUGCUGCAAUGCCCGAUAUUAAUAUUGGUGCUAUGAUUACUGCGAGUAUCUUCGUUAUCCCAUACUUGGCGUUCCUCGUCAUUCUACCUGGUGUCCGGCAGAAGCGACUUGUUACUUUAGUUAUAUUUUCGAUCACUGUUCUCGUGGGAGCUAUAUUGGCAGUAUCAUUAUACCUGCCAGGAUGGACCGGGGGUUCAGCAAAAAUCAUCGCUCAAUUGAGGUCGCAUGUGAAUGAACAAAUGCGAGCAAGAAUAGGAGUGAAUGUUGGUUUGACGAGCAUCAACAUCACCCUAAGAUAUGAAGAUCGGGUGGUGACAGACCCGUAUUCUCGAAUUGAUAUGAGCCAACUUUACUACAACGAAAAGUUCGACAUAUCAGGAGUCUCGUCAAUGGUCGAGGAGUUACGGUCAGCCUACCAAAGAGGAUUACCGUAUCCUAUACUGAGCGUUUUGGAAUAUUUUUCACUGAAUCAAGACGCUUUCGACUGGGGAAGACACUAUCGAACAGCUGGUCACUACACUCAUGCUGCAUUGAGUUUUGCAUUUGCUUGCUGGACACUGGCAGUUGCUUUCCUCCUCUUUGUACCGCAUCAUUACUGCAGGGCCAUGGUCGUUACUGGACUUUCCGCGCUGUUUUCAUGUCUGCUGUAUCUAAUAAUGGCUCCGUGCAAACUCGAGAUCGGAUUUCUAGGAACUGACGGAAAUAGAACCAUUAUGAAAAUGGGCUUCCAGUGGUCAUUCUAUUGUGUAUUUGGUGUUGGGCUUCUUUCUGUAGCUGUGGGCAUCUUACUAAUUCUUCUCCAACACUAUCAUGUGUACACCCUGUCGACCUUCCUCGAAGCCAGUUUAGACGAAACUGUAGCGAGAGGCAAGAAUAGGCGCGGCGAUUCUGCUAGGGAUGUUUUGAACAGUAUAGAGGUUCUUCGCCAAACAAAAUUGGCGAUGAGCUCGAAGUCGAGCGAUAAUAAACCGUCUUCUAGUGGCUUCCAAUCAAGGACAAGCUACACGGGAUCGUUAAGGAGUCAGUCUUCCAUAGAAACUGUGCAUGGCGAGCUGAUGCAACGAUCGCCUUCAAAUUUCACAUUGGAUGAAGGCAUUCGGCCGCCACGAUGUUCUGGAAACGGCAUAGUUUCCCUAGGCGUAGAGCGAUUGUGAGCACCCCCGUGGGACCUCUGCUUUGUACUCAUUUUUACCUCGAUAUCUGCUGCUCUAGUCAAUUUGCCAUACUCGGUGAAUAUUCCUCAACGUGUCCCUUGUUAGCCAUAAACUUACCCUACUCGCCAUCAUAAUCAUUCUCAUAGCAUUUCCUACCUGAAGAGAUUAGAGAUUUUUGAUACUUAAUUUUGUUUCCAAUGAGCUUUUUCCUUCACUUGAAUCAUGAUUUACCUUUCGGGUUCGUUUGU